GUCUUCGUUUCGGCGUGAAGCGCGAUCGCGUUUAUGGCAAACGUCAAAUUAGUUUACAGAUUUUUUAUCUCGCUCACGCAUACUAAUUACGAAUACGUGCGAUAGUGAUAGACGCGCUGCAUCAUGAUGGAAUCUAAAGAAACGUCGCGAAUUAUAACCACUUUGUUUUAAUUUAAAUGUGUAAACAUUGCAAUUAAAUUCGUUUUCACGUGUGUUUAAGAUAAAUUGUAGUUUUCCUAUCGAACUGUAUAAAUAUGGGGGAAGCGUCGAUUGAUUUGCUGGGUCUUCCAAUUGUUAUGAUAGAAAACAUUUUCUCGUAUUUAUCUUUCGAUGAAAUUGCGAAGAAUAGAUUGGUAUCGAGAGCCUUCGACGAGAUUUGCCGUCGCAUGCUAAACAGAGGCUUUAUCAUGAUCGAGCGUCGCCAUGCCAUGGCCCUCAAGAGUGUCAAGGCACAGCUUCCAAGAAGGGAAUCAGAACGGAGAUACCACCAUUUGUCCCGCCACUGCGACAUCCUGACGUCCAUAGAGACGCGCAUAUCUAUGCUCAACAUGACGUACUCCAAGUUCAUAGACAACGGUCUAUGCUGCUUUAUACCUGGCAAGGUGAUAGACGAGAUCCGCCGCGUGCUGUCGGUGGUGGAGUCGUGCAGCAGUCCGCCGCGCGCGCACGAGGUGCUGCAGGAGCUGCGCGACAUCUCCAGCAUGGCCAUCGAGCACUUCGACGACAAGAUCUCGCCCGCCUUCCGCAAGCGCCUGCAGCAGGCCGCGCAGCCGCCGCCGCCCAGGCCCGCGCAUUCGUCCGUGCUAGCCCCGUUGGCCAUGCGUCAAGAGUUGUCACUGCUGCGCCGGCGAACAGUACUCAAUGCCAAGCUGUCACUGUUCCUCGCGUCGCAGUACAAGAUCUUCUACAAACGGAUGAUGGACUAUAAGAAAGUAGCCUGGCGACAGCAAAAGACUAUCAGAGAAUUAACUAAAAGACAGAAGGAUCAAGACGCAUCCAUCGGUAAGCUUUGCAAAACAUUAUACUGAGUGUAAUUCUAGUGA